AUGAAGAAUUAUUUUGUAAGUACGACUAUAUCGUUAAUAUUGCUAUAUAUUUCCUCAUUCUUCAGUUAAACCUACCAAGGGCAAGGUAUAUGAGACCUUGGCAGGUUAAACUCUACUAACAUGCAUGAAGUUUUUUACAAUGUACCACUUCUAACUAUGCAAUAUAUAUAUCAGAAGGUUGAUCUAACUCUGCCGUUUAACGCACUCCAACACGAUUCCAACGUUGUUGGUCCAAACCUAAAGACUUUCCGCUACCAAUGUUUCUGUGAUCACAGUAGGAAUUUUCCAUGGGUAAAAGUUUUGAACGAAGAAAUGUUUGAGGAAACUGAAUCCAACCCUGUUUAUGAGACCCAUAAUUGAAAGGUCAAUUCCUGCAGAGGGACAUUGUCUUGUACUCCCUAGAAGUGUUUCGUCACCGAAAUUGAACCCUCUUUUAGAAUCUUGGCUAAAAGUCUGUGCCCAACAAAAUAACACCAACCGUACCUAGUUACACUGGUUAGAAUCCAACCUGGUCCCCAGGGCUUCUGUGCACUGGGAGCCAAAAACAUAUACAAAAAUAUUUUGAAUUCAGUGACAAAUAAUUAUGCGAAAGUCGCUUUACAAGCACUUGUGUUAAUUCUUACGUUAUAAAAGUAGUUCUUUUGUCUGUUUUGAAUAAAUGUGUUAUAAUAUUAAUUGGCUGAAUAGAAACUGAAUUUGUUUGAGUGGACACAAAAUAAUAGCUUGAAUAGUUGAAUUCAAGCCUGGCAACCUGUGAGCCUUGCACUUAAGUGAUUUGUACCAGCUUAAGUACGUGGCAAUAAUUAUUGGAGUACCAGUUAGGAUAGUUGCACUUCAUUUAUGUAAUAUGGCAUCGGAGUUAAAUCUUGAUUGGAGCUUGCUCUUUUGUUUAACUCCUCGUAUAAAUGUAAAUCAUUAAUGAAUGUAUAUUACUGCUUCUACAAUUACAAUAUACACAAUUGUUUUAUCCUUCAAAGUCUUCAAAACUUAUAAUUUACCGAUGCAAAAUUCCGCUGUGAUCACAGAAAGUUUGAUAGUGUAAACCAGUCUUAAUCCAACAUCAGCCAUCAAUAGCAGACAUACUAUUCAAACAGACACAAACAAUGUUCCAUCCAAACAACGGAGGAUAAUGUUAGACCUCCACUGGUUCGAAUGGACCUUUACUGAACAAUCAAAAGGAGUGUGCAUGUCAUAUUUCAGACACCGCAUAUAAUGCAUGUUCCUCAAAAUUUGCAGUAAAUGUCAAUGAUUGAUCUUCCAUUUCUUUGUGUAUAGUACGAAGAUCUAAGAGCGAUGUCUCAGCCAGCAAGAGAAAUGUGGAUGUGUGAGCAAUGUUCAGAGUUUGGAAAAGAGAUUGAAAAUUUGAUGACAGAUAGAGAGAGGCAAAGUUUUACAGAGGAGAUGUAUCGGAAACUUCGUCAGGUCUCGAAACGUUGGACAUCAUGGAAUCAUAAGUCUUUUGGGAAUGUCACUUCUCGACAGUAAGUAAUGGAAACUAUAUGCGAAUUUUCUAAUGGCUUUCUUAGUAAGCUGACUCUCCAUUUAUAUGAUAAUCUUUCGUUUGGUUUUACCUCUCAAGCAUAGUGAAAACCCUACAAGUAGUCUCCCCAGCAAAUCAUGUUAUUCUUAUUCAAUCAUGUAAUAAUGCAAUGUUUCUUCUCCAGAUCUGUUGCUGAACUGUUAGCUUGGGAACAGAGUACAACCUUGCUGAUCAAUCCCGUGAUCAAAACAAGAAAUAUAACUCCGGAACAAAAUAUCCUUGUGAGAUUCCAAGAAUUAUGCCAGAAAUUCGAUCAACUCCAUGAAACCUUCACCAACGAUAUCCUGGAACCAAUGUGCGAAUUCUUCUGGCCAACAUCGCAGAAGGUCAAACUUGAUAAUAUCCUGGAAAGUCUCAAAACUCUGCUCUCCCAGUGGAAGAGUCUGCUUGGCUCUGGUGUAAUUGAUCAAUCGCUGUUCUCAGAAUCAAGUUCCAAACACCUGCACACUUUCACCUUAAGAGGAAGGAUCUAUGAUUUUGACUCGGUGAUAAGACUGAUUCCUGACCUACUGGAGAAAGCCUCUCUUGCCUUGAGUGUGGUUCGCAAAUGGCGAGUACUUUAUAAAGAAUUUUGUCUAACAAGGCAAAACACCUACACUCUGCUAGAAUCUACACGGUCUAGCACGAAAUCCAAGUCGAGAUCUCAAGAACAGUUAGGACUGUUGGAAAAGCAAUCGGAUGUAGUUCAAAACCAGUGCGAUAACUUGAAAAGUGAGCUUGAAAAAUGCCGUGACAAGUGUCAAAGUUUGGAGAAAGAUUUGCACUUCCAUGUUGAUCUAUGUGACCGCUUGGAAACUGAAGUUGAAAAAGCAAAAGAGACUUGUAAUACAACAAAAGAACGCCUUGAAGAAGCGAAGAAUAACUCUCAAGAGAACUCUGAUUCCCAACAAUAUCGGCAAGUUUUACAACAAGAGCUAAAUGCUUCGAAAAUCAAGUUUUGUACUCAGAGGAUUAAACUGAUCAAUGCUCGCAAGCGAUGCGUGGCGAUCUCUGAUCAGCUCGAGAUAACGCGUAAAGACUACGAGACUCUUAAAAUGGAAGGUGAAAUUUCCCAGAAUAAAUACCAGGUUCUAAGAAACCAAUUGGAAAACUUUCGGAAAAAUAUAAGAAUCCAAGGUGGUAUGGUGGACAGUCUUCAACAGCAGUGUUAUGCUUUGAAGAAAGAAUUAGACACUUCCAAAGCAAGUUGUAAGAUGGUUACCCAAGAGUUGACCGAGGUCAAGGCGAAAUGCGGGGGACUGGAGGAGAGAUUACGUCAUAAGGAAAAAGAGUGUCUCAAGGUUAGGAAUGAGUUGAAUGAUGCACUCAAGAGAGAAAAAAUGCUGAAAGAGAAGAAUGCUGAAUCGAGAGGAAUCUGUAAAGGUAACUAACCUCAGAUUUGUGUGAUUUAGUUUUGGUAGUCUUCACUCCAUUCUUAACUAAUUAUAGAGAUGCAUUCGUUUUUAAGCAACCUCGUUCGUUCCAAUAUUAAUAAUAUUAAUGUUUUAUUUGUUUCAGCACAAGAAUGUCCUCAGAUGAGAGCAGUUUAA